CUUGCGCGCUUUCCCGUGCUCUGCUCCCCGUGUCUCUGAAGCUCCGCAUUUUAUAUUCUUUGUGCCCGUUGUGGUCGUUGAGCCAUCAUGGAGGCGCUUGAGCUUGAGCACGAGCCUGCGAGUGACGCGGUUCGCGAUGGUCGGGCUCCGGCGCCGCCACCGCCGGAGGAGACGGAAAAGCAGUCGGAGCCCACGAUGGAGAAGGAGAAGGAGAAGGAGAAGGGGAAGCCCAGCGUGUCCUUCUUCGGCUUGUUUGUGGCUGCCGAUGAGAUCGAUUACGUGUUGAUGUUCUUUGGAAGCGCCGGCGCGUGCAUCCACGGGGCUUCGCUCCCCGUGUUCUUCGUUCUGUUCGGCCGGAUGAUCGAUUCUCUUGGAAAGCUGUCUUCCGAUCCCCACGGAUUGUCUUCGCGUGUUUCUGAGUAUGCUCUGUACCUCGUGUAUCUAGGACUCAUUGUCUUCGCAUCGGCAUGGAUAGGUGUUGCAUUCUGGAUGCAAACCGGGGAGAGGCAAACGGCUCGUCUACGACUUAAGUAUCUCGAGGCAGUUCUUAGAAAGGACAUCAAUUUUUUCGAUACCGAAGCUAAGGAUAGUAAUAUUCUUUACCACAUUUCAAGCGACGCGAUACUAAUACAAGACGCAAUAGGCGACAAGACAGGCCAUGCUUUGCGUUACCUUUCGCAAUUCAUUGUAGGAUUUGCCGUUGGAUUUAUGUCGGUAUGGCAGCUCACGCUUCUGACCUUGGCUGUUGUUCCGUUGAUAGCGAUUGCGGGGGGAGCUUAUACUGUUAUCAUGUCUACUCUAUCAGAGAAAGGUGAAGCUGCAUAUGCCGAAGCAGGGAAGGUUGCGGAAGAGGUUAUCUCGCAGAUUCGAACAGUAUACUCUUUUGUAGGGGAGGAGAAAGCAGUCGAAGCAUACUCUAAGUCGCUUAAAAAUGCACUAAAACUGGGGAAGAAGAGUGGUUUCGCCAAAGGAGUGGGCGUCGGCUUUACGUAUGGUCUCCUAUUUUGUGCUUGGGCAUUGCUUCUGUGGUAUGCCGGCAUUCUGGUCCGGCACCACCAUACAAAUGGCGGGAAAGCAUUCACGACCAUCAUAAACGUUAUCUUCAGCGGUUUUGCUCUGGGUCAAGCAGCCCCAAACCUUGCCGCCAUUGCAAAAGGGCAGGCAGCUGCUGCCAAUAUCAUUAGCAUGAUACGAGCAGAUAAAAAGCCAUCUGAGGGAUCCGAUGAAGGAACAAGAUUAGCAGAAAUAGCUGGAGAAAUUGAAUUCCGUGAGGUCUGCUUUGCUUAUCCAUCCCGUCCCAACAUGGUAUUUGAGAAUUUGAGCUUCACCCUUGGCGCCGGCAAGAGCGAAGCGAUUGUUGGUCCGAGCGGUUCUGGAAAGAGUACUAUAAUCUCCAUGUUACAACGGUUCUAUGAUCCAACAUCAGGCCAAAUCCUGCUUGACGGACAUGAUCUCAAGGCUCUUCAACUAAAAUGGCUGAGAGAGCAAAUGGGAUUGGUUAGCCAAGAGCCAGCACUAUUUGCCACUACCAUAGCCGCGAACAUUCAGUUUGGUAAAGCAGAUGCUGAAAUGGAUCAAGUCGUAGAAGCCGCUAAAGCUUCGAACGCACAUUCCUUCAUCCAAAAGCUUCCCGAUGGUUAUUACACUCAGGUGGGAGAGGGAGGAACCCAACUUUCUGGAGGACAGAAACAGAGGAUUGCCAUCGCAAGAGCCAUGCUACGGAACCCAAAGAUACUGCUUUUGGAUGAGGCGACCAGUGCACUUGACGCAGAAUCGGAACUCGUUGUCCAACAGGCACUUGAUAGGAUAAUGACCAAUAGGACGACGAUAAUCAUCGCGCACCGUUUAUCCACGGUCCGAGAUGUUGAUUGUAUCGUUGUCCUGAAGAACGGCCAGGUAGUCGAAAGUGGAAACCAUUCAGAGUUGUUAUCUAAGGGAGGCGACUAUGCGACCCUUGUGAGCUUACAGGUAACCGAAAACGAAACUCAAUCGAGCUCAAUAUAUCACUCAGGUUCUUCUGCAAAUUCAAGCUUCCAAGGAAGUUUCAACAGUGAGAAUAAUCCGAAGCCUCACACCGGCAAAUCACAGAGAAAUGACCAAGACAUUCCCCCAACGGACACUGCUCCCUCUGCACCAAUCUGGGAGCUGUUAAAACUGAACGCCCCCGAAUGGCCUUUUGCAUUGCUUGGGUCAGUUGGUGCAGUCCUGGCAGGCAUGGAAGCUCCUCUAUUUGCACUUGGGAUCACCCACGUCUUGUCUGUGUUUUAUUCGCCCGAUGCUCAUCGUGCUAAGCAUGAGGUUGAUCGGAUAGCGCUCUUGUUUGUCGGAGUAGCUGUUAUUACCAUCCCGAUUUACUUGAUACAGCAUCUCUUCUACACACUGAUGGGGGAGCGCCUCACAACCCGUGUUCGCUCACUAAUGUUCUCAGCUAUCCUUACCAACGAGAUUGGGUGGUUUGAUUUGGAAGAGAAUAGCACUGGUUCCCUAACAUCAAUUUUAGCAGCAGAUGCGACAUUGGUGCGGAGUGCUCUAGCCGACCGUCUAUCGACCAUUACACAGAAUCUGGCACUCACUGUGACAGCAUUCGUCAUCGCCUUCAGAUUAAGCUGGCGGAUAGCAGCUGUUGUCAUUGCUUCCUUCCCUCUCCUUGUUGGAGCAUCAAUAACUGAGCAAUUGUUUCUCAAGGGAUUUGGAGGAGACUACAGCAGUGCCUAUUCUCGGGCCACUUCAUUGGCACGCGAAGCAAUUGCAAACAUUCGUACCGUUGCUGCAUUCGGAGCUGAAGACCGGAUCUCAAAUCAGUUUGCUUCUGAAUUAGCCCAACCAAACAAGCAAGCACUUGUACGAGGGCACAUAUCAGGCUUCGGCUAUGGCAUAUCACAGUUCUUUGCAUUCUGUUCCUACUCACUUGGCCUUUGGUAUGCUUCCGUUCUGAUCAAGCACAACGAGUCAAACUUUGGAGACAUCCUCAAGUCCUUCAUGGUUUUGAUCAUUACUGCACUAGCCAUUGCAGAGACCCUGGCUCUCACUCCAGACAUUGUGAAGGGCACACAAGCACUAGGGUCUGUUUUCCGUAUCCUCAAGAGGAGGACGGCUAUACAUCCUUACAGCCGCAUGUCGAAAAUGGUUUUAAACGUCAGAGGACACAUAGAAUUUAGAAGCGUCAGUUUUAGGUACCCGACCAGGCCAGAUAUCCGCAUAUUCGAAGACUUGAAUUUGAAAGUUGCGGCAGGGAAGAGUCUUGCAGUGGUGGGACAAAGCGGAUCGGGAAAGAGUACGGUGAUCUCCCUCGUGAUGAGAUUCUACGACCCCUUCUCUGGAUCAGUUCUUAUAGAUGGCUGUAACAUAAAAUACUUGAACUUGAGAUUGCUGAGGUUAAGAAUAGGUUUGGUCCAGCAGGAACCGGCGUUAUUCGCCACGACGAUAUAUGAGAAUAUAAAGUACGGAAGUUCAGAAGCUUCAGAAAUAGAGGUGAUGGAGGCGGCCAAAGCGGCGAAUGCCCACGAGUUUAUCAGCACAAUGCCCGAAGGGUACCAAACACACGUCGGUGACAGGGGAGUGCAACUAUCGGGAGGACAGAAACAGAGGGUGGCUAUAGCAAGAGCAAUCCUGAAGGACCCUUCAAUCCUCCUCCUGGACGAGGCGACGAGUGCCUUGGAUGCAUCGUCGGAGAAGUUGGUCCAAGACGCUCUCGAUAAGCUCAUGGUAGGCCGGACAACGAUCUUAGUGGCGCACAGGCUGACGACCAUCCGAGAUGCCGACAGAAUCGCCGUGCUGCAAAAUGGCAGGGUAGCAGAAAUAGGCCGCCAUGACCAGCUCAUCGCGAAACCCGAUGGACUCUAUAGGAAAUUGGUUAGCCUGCAGCAGGAGGAGAAGAACCUGGAAGCAAUUUCAUAGCCAGACUAUCGAGUUGUUGAAGCCUAGCAUAUAGAUUGCUGCCAAUAUCUACUGGUGGAGCUCGAAUACACCUAUCAUUAAGAAUUCGUUCAUAGUCUUUUGAGUUGAAGAUCCUGAGUACUUUGUCCAAGACAAAACAAGAUGCACAGAGGUAGAAAAACCUGAUUAUUUUAUAGCUUUCUCGGCAGUGUAAUUUGUGAAAUUACUUCCUUGAUUUGUUCAAUAAACUCUUAAGCAGUGUAUACCUCUUA